CUGUUUGCACUCGUGACUCUUGUCUUCGUUAUGAUGGAUCAUGUGAUGAAUUAUACCUCAAAAAGUCCUGAGAAGUCCAGUCCGAGUUUUCCAGAGGAUGUAGAAGAUGAUGAUGAAGAUCCAAUGGACUUGGAGCCAUUAAAAUAUUCUUCUCUUCGUCAACAUGUAAACAACAAUAACAACAUUAAUAAUGAAAAUAAUCGCAAUAAUAAUACAAUCAAUCAUUGUGAUGAUGAUGUUGACGAACAACUCGAUGUGACAAUGUUACCACCGGAGGAUGAAGAUGACGAUAUCGGUGGAACAACUCGUGGAUUCAUGUUAAAUGUUGAUAGCCCACGUCAUCCAACUGAUUCAACUGAAAAGAAAGUACAUUGGUCAAAUCAAAAUGUUCAAACAUUGUUAGAUUGUGUAGAAAAACAUUUGGAUGAAUUUAAUAUACAAAAAAAGCAUAAACAAGUUUGGCAAAUUAUUGGCACAGAAAUGGAAUCAUUAGGUUUUACUAUGGAACAUUGUUACAAUAAAUGGAAGAAUUUACGUCGUGAUGUUCGUUUAUUGGUGAAUAAUCCACAAAAAGCUGUUCGUAACGCCGAUAUUCUACGACGUGUGGCUCGUUUAAUUUUAGUAAUCUAUCCAAAUAUUGAUGCUACAACUAUGCAAGUAACCGGUGAUCGUAUCAGUACAAGUAAAUCUACACCGAAUACACCAGGUGGUCCUGGUAGUUUGUCAUCAGCCAGACUUACAUUAUCCUCAUCAUUACACGCUCCAGAUUCACCAUUAUACUUUGGUCUAUCUAGAACACGUACACCACAUUCCUUAACACCGAAUUUUCAUUCAUUAAAUGGUACAAAAUAUAAAACUGAACAGUCCAAUUAUGAUACAACAACUAAUACUCCCACUACUUCUGUACCUGGUACUGCAUUGUUCACCAGUAAUUCACGUUGUUCAGACAAUGAUAAAAAACAUCAUGUAUCAUCUACGCCUAAUUCAACAAAUCAUGACAAUAAUACAACAAUUUCACAACAUGCUAAUUCUGGAUUUCCAUUCAUUUUUAAUCCCGCAGCAGCUGCUCUUCUAGUUCAGUCACAGCUAUUCAACGAUUUACUACGUCAACAACAAACACAACUACAAGAUGAUUCUAUACCUUUGGAUAGUAUACAACAACGUGAACAAUUCUUUGCUCUUACUGCCUCUCUAAAAAAUGCUUUGCACUCUACUAAUAGUCCAAAUACCACAAAUGGUGGUAAUGCUGCACUUACACAGCAUACUACUAAUACAAAUAAUAAUGGUAUUAAUAAUGCCAAUAAGAGUAUAAUCACAAAUGGUAAUGAUUUUAAUACAGACAAUAACAACAACAACGCUAAUAAUUCAUUGCAUGUUGCCAAUUUAGCUUCUAAUUUGUUGAAUGGUUUAAACGGCAUGGAUACAUCACAAUAUCUGAAUUUAUUGGCAUCUGAAGCAGGUUUACUGAAUGGUAAUACGACUACUCAUCUUAAUAAUUAUAAUAAUACUAGUCAUCCUCAUCAUCAACACCAGCCACAACAACAGUCAUACACUUCUAUAUCCGACCGAUUACCGCCUGGUAGUGAGUUGGCUGGUGUUGUCCAGCGUUUACUCAAUGAAGAGACUAUUCAUUUACGCUUGACCGAUAUGGUUACACAUUUAGCUGACGAGUUACGGGCAGCUGGUCUACGUAGACGUGCCACAUUAGAUCAACUAUUAGAAAUUAUGCAAGGUGGGGGCGGCGGUACCACCUCUGGAUGUGUAUCGGCAGUCGGAACAAAUACAUCCAUGAGUCUUACUCAUAAAAAUUCAGAUACUACGCAUCGUGUUUAGUGAGUAAUUAUAAAACCGACGGUGGAAUAUUUAUAUGGGUUUUAAUUGUUUUUGUGUAUCUCGUAAAAGAAGCAACUAUCAACAAGGUCCGAUGAAUCAAUAGAGUAAUACUGAUGUCUAUGGAUAUAUUAUAUGUAAAAAUGAGAAAUCAAACCGGUAAAUUCCAGUUUUUUUAAACUAAAAACCUUUUUUUGUUGUAAACUUUUAUAUAUUAAGAAGGAAAUUUUCUUGUCGACCUGUGACGAUUGUGUUCGCAGUGUUUAUUUAGGGCAAAACAAUAUGUAGAAAGCAUUUUGUGUAAAAUCAACGGUAGAUUACUGUUACUACUUCCACAUCAUCGAGUGUUUGUUGAUUCUAUGUCUCCUUCUUAUCUUUCUAUUUAAAAAUCUCUAUACGUAUUCUAAUCACAAAUUCCAUUGUUUUGUUUUCACCUAUUUUUCUUUGGCAAUGUAGUAACAUUGAAUAUUACUGCCACUUUACUAAGAAGUAGAGAGGAGCAGUGAAUUGUGUAUCAUAGGAUAUCUCAUUUUGUUAAUUGUCUUUUCAUUUUUUUAAAAAUUUUCUAUAAAGAUACAACCAUUUUUUUCCACCGGUUCUUUUACAAUUUUUUACGUAAUGCAUUUUAUUUGUAUGUUGUGAGGCGUUUUCUACACGCGUUCGCACACGCACUCCGAAAAGUAAAACUCACAUUUCAUAUUAUUAUGGAGCAUUUAUUAAUUAAUUUUGAACAGCGCCGGGAUUUUUUAUAUGAAAAUAAUCAUCUUGAAUCAUCAAUAUUAAAAAAAAAUGUCGUCUACAUUAUUAUUCUCGUCCUGUUCCUCCUCCUCCUCCACGUCCUCAUUAUUAUCAUCAUCAUCGUUGUCAUUCGAGUCAUUAAUCUGUUCACUCAUGAAGUUUCAUAAUUUCGAAUGUAUUUCUAUUUCCAUAUUUCAUUAGAUCUGUCCGACUAAUCCAUAUGUUAAGGGUUGUUUUUAUAUAUAUAUAUAUAUAUAUAU